AUGACAGAAAGAGCAACAAUCCGAAUGAGACCACUGGUGGCUAGGAAUCAACCACCAGACUGGGACGAGGUAUACUACAUCCGCGCUUCCAUCCCCGCGAUCCACGACAUCGCCAUCUCGGGCCCAUUUCACGUCCUAGAAGCCACGCUGCCCAACCUCCGCCUACGGAUCGCCGAGUCUUCCGAGGCGUACGAGCUGUUCCAAGCCGGCACAGAGAAAGGUCAACUGCUUAACCAAUUCUCCCACGUGCGCGGCCCGGUCGACAGGCUCCCGGGGCACUUCAUCGAGGUCGAGCUGCAACGGGUCCACGACGCUCCGCUCAAGCGGGCGCUCCCCUGUCCCGUGUACAGGGUUUCCAAGGCCGAGCCCUUACUCCAUGAGGCCGGCCGGCCGCCUGAGUCACCUAGGCCAGGCGGGGGCAUGUGCGUGGAGGACCUGCAGGUUGUCGGGAGCUACGUGUCGGCCGCCGACGCGAGGGCUCGGGCGAACGAGGUGCUAGACGAGUGGUUGUCCGCCCAUCCCGGGGUGCUGGCGUUUCCCAAGCACAUCGGGUCUGUGAAGGAGGGCGGGUCCGUCAUGGGGGCUGUUAUCGUGUUCAUAGAGAACUCGUCCCCGAAGAUAGUAUUGUCAGUGGUGGUGACAUUUGAUUCGGGGUCGACAACAUGA